GAGGAAGGGGGCAGCAGUGGAGAGAGAGCAUGUAUUGAGUUUGUCGGACGUGUCAGAAACAGAGGGAGUGCGAGCAGGGGCGCAUACGGACCCCGGUUGGAAUACAGCGAGAGGGAGCGGCAUUUUGGAGCAGGGGGACAGCGUCUAUCCGGGGGAAGGGGGCCGCGUUUCGUGAGGAGAACAGGACAGGCCAAGAUGGAGGACCGAGGCGAUGCCCCGAUGACCUCCUUCAUCAUGGACGAGGAGGAGCUGAAGAGGAAGCAGAGGGAGAAGCUGAAGAAGAUGCAGGCCACCGGGGGCAACCCCCGCCCCGCCCGCUCCCUCUUCUUCCUCACGCUGAAGAACCCCUUCCGCAAGGCCUGCAUCAACAUCGUGGAGUGGAAACCCUUUGAGAUCAUCAUUCUCUUGACCAUCUUCGCCAACUGCGUGGCCCUGGCCGUGUUCCUGCCCAUGCCAGAGGAAGACACCAACAACACAAACUCCAGCCUGGAGGGCCUGGAAUACAUCUUUCUGAUCAUUUUCACAUUGGAGUGCUUUCUCAAAAUAAUUUCAUAUGGGUUUCUGUUCCACGAAGGAGCCUACUUACGAAACUGUUGGAACAUACUGGACUUUGUCAUCGUGUUCAUGGGGCUUUUCACGCUUGCCCUGGACACCAUUAAUAAAAUAUCCGGGGUCCAUGUGGAAGAGAAGGGAGGCGGGUUCGACAUGAAGGCCCUGAGAGCGUUCAGGGUCCUGAGGCCGCUGCGCCUCGUCUCCGGCGUGCCCAGCCUGCAGGUGGUGAUGAACUCCAUCCUGAGGGCCAUGCUGCCACUGCUGCACAUUGCCUUGUUGGUGUUCUUCAUGGUCACCAUCUAUGCCAUCAUGGGCCUAGAACUCUUCAAGUGCAAGAUGCAUAAGACCUGCUACUACACUGGCACAGAGAUCAUCGCGGUCAAUGAGAACGAGGAGCCCGCGCCGUGCGCCCAGGCGGGUAACGGACGCCGCUGCACCAUAAACGGGACGGACUGCCGGGCGGGCUGGGCGGGACCCAACCACGGCAUCACCCACUUCGACAACUUCGGGUUCGCCAUGCUCACCGUGUUCCAGUGCAUCACCAUGGAGAGCUGGACCGACGUGCUCUACUGGGUGAAUGAUGCCAUCGGGAACGAGUGGCCCUGGGUUUACUUUGUGACCCUCAUCCUGCUGGGGUCAUUCUUCGUGCUCAAUUUGGUUCUGGGUGUGCUCAGUGGGGAGUUCACUAAGGAGCGAGAGAAGGCCAAAUCGCGAGGCGAGUUUCAGAAACUGCGUGAGCGGCAGCAGUUGGAUGAGGACCUGAAGGGCUACAUGGACUGGAUCACCCAUGCCGAGGUCAUGGACAACGACCAGGAGGGCCAAGGGCUGCUUCCUCUGGAAGACGGGGGCUCAGAGACGGGCAGCCUCUAUGAGAAGGAGGGGAUGAGCCGACUUGUUUACUUCUAUCGCCGUGGACGUCACUGGAACCGCUUCUUCCGCAGAAAGUGCCACACGUGGGUCAAGUCGAAGGCCUUCUACUGGCUGGUGAUGCUGCUCGUGUUCCUCAACACCCUGGCCAUCGCCACCGAGCACCACCACCAGCCCGACACACUCACCAUCCUGCAAGACAAUGCUAACAAGGUGCUGCUGACCCUGUUUGCGGUGGAGAUGUUCCUGAAGAUGUACGCCUUCGGCCUGCCCGCCUACUUCAUGUCCAUCUUCAACCGCUUCGACUGCUUCGUGGUGACCGUGGGCAUCCUGGAGAUCAUCCUGGUGUCGACCGAAAUCAUGUCCCCCCUCGGCGUCUCUGUGCUCAGGUGUAUUCGCCUGCUGCGUCUCUUCAAGAUCACCAAGUAUUGGACAUCACUUAGCAACCUUGUCGCCUCCCUGCUCAACUCCGUGCGCUCCAUAGCCUCCCUGCUCCUCCUGCUCUUCCUCUUCAUCGUCAUCUUCUCCCUCCUGGGCAUGCAGGUGUUUGGAGGCAAAUUCAACUUCCCAGACAAGGAGGUGCAGCGCAGCAAUUUCGACAACUUCCCCCAAGCCCUCAUCAGCGUCUUCCAGAUCCUCACAGGAGAGGACUGGAACUCCCUGAUGUAUAAUGGAAUAAUGGCUUAUGGUGGACCAGUCUUCCCUGGGAUCCUGGUCUGCAUCUACUUCGUCAUUCUCUUCGUCUGCGGCAACUACAUCCUCCUGAAUGUCUUCCUGGCCAUCGCUGUGGACAACCUGGCAGAGGCAGAGAGCCUGACCUCGGCUCAGCGGGAGAAAGCUGUUGAGAAGCAGCGCAGGAAACUGCUCAGAACACUCAUUCCCGACAAGUCUCCAGAGGAGGAGAAGGCUUUGCUGCAGAAGAAGCUGGCAGAGCAGAGGGCUAAAGCAGAGGGGAUCCCCACCACAGCCAAGCUGAAAGUGGACGAGUUUGAAUCAAAUGUAAAUGAAGUUAAGGACCCAUUCCCUCCAGCCGAUUUUCCAGGUGACGAUGAAGAGGAGGAGCCAGAAAUCCCAAUCAGUCCCAGGCCACGCCCUAUGGCUGACCUGCAGUUAAAAGAGAAGGCGGUGCCCAUGCCAGAUGCCAGUUCCUUCUUCAUCUUUGGACCACAGAACAAGUUUCGUAAGCUAUGCCACCGGAUCAUCAACGCCACCACCUUCACCAACUUCAUCCUCCUCUUCAUCCUACUCAGCAGCAUGUCUCUGGCUGCUGAAGAUCCUAUCGAUCCAUUUUCCUUCAGGAACAAGAUCCUGGCUUAUGCCGACAUUGUCUUCACAUCAGUCUUCACCGUUGAAAUUGUGCUCAAGAUGACUACAUACGGUGCCUUCCUGCACAAAGGCUCCUUCUGUCGGAACUCUUUCAACAUCCUGGACCUGAUUGUUGUGAGCGUGUCUCUCCUCUCCAUGGGAAUGGAGUCCAGUGCCAUCUCUGUGGUGAAGAUUCUCAGGGUGUUGAGGGUGCUGAGGCCCCUGAGGGCUAUAAACCGAGCCAAGGGUCUGAAGCACGUGGUCCAGUGUGUGUUUGUGGCCAUCAAGACCAUCGGAAACAUCGUCCUGGUCACCAUGCUGCUGGACUUCAUGUUUGCCUGCAUUGGUGUGCAGCUCUUCAAGGGCAAGUUCUACAGUUGCACAGAUCCCUCUAAGAUAACUGAGAUGGAGUGCCAGGGAACGUUCAUUAGGUACAAGGAGAAUACUCUGCAGGAAAUGGUGAUCCAAAAGCGCGAGUGGGUCAACAGCGACUUCAAUUUCGACAACGUGCUGAACGGCAUGCUGGCUCUCUUCACCGUGUCCACGUUUGAGGGCUGGCCACAGCUCCUGUACAAAGCCAUUGACUCAGACAUUGAGGACAUGGGCCCCGUUUACAACAAUCGGGUGGACAUAUCGAUCUUCUUCAUCAUCUACAUCAUCCUCAUCGCCUUCUUCAUGAUGAACAUCUUUGUUGGCUUCGUUAUUGUCACCUUCCAGGAGCAGGGUGAGCAGGAGUACAAGAACUGCGAGCUGGACAAGAACCAGCGUCAGUGUGUGCAGUAUGCCCUGAAAGCCCGGCCCCUGCGGUGCUACAUUCCUAAGAACCCAUACCAGUACCGGGUGUGGUAUGUGGUGACGUCCUGCUACUUCGAGUACCUCAUGUUCCUGCUCAUCAUGUUUAACACCAUCUGCCUGGGCAUGCAGCACUGUAACCAGUCAGAACACGUGACAAAACUUUCCGACAUGAUGAACGUGAUCUUCACCGUGCUCUUCACCGUGGAGAUGAUCCUCAAACUCAUGGCCUUCAAAGCCAAGGGAUACUUCGGUGACCCCUGGAACGUGUUUGACUUCCUGAUUGUCAUCGGCAGCGUCGUCGACGUCGUACUGAGUGAGGUCGAUAGCGCCCUGGCCACUAGCGGGGGACUCUACUGCCUCCACGGCUGUGCAGAGACAAAUCCUAUGCAGGCCAUUGCAGACGCGGAGAACGCCCGGGUCUCCAUCACUUUUUUCCGGCUCUUCCGUGUCAUGAGGCUGGUGAAGCUGCUGAACCGCUCGGAGGGCAUCCGGAACCUGCUGUGGACCUUCAUCAAGUCCUUCCAGGCGUUGCCGUACGUGGCCCUCCUCAUCGUCAUGCUGUUCUUCAUCUACGCUGUGAUAGGGAUGCAGGUGUUUGGGAAGGUAGCUCUAGUGGACGGCACGCAGAUCAACCGGAACAACAACUUCCAGACGUUCCCUCAGGCCGUCCUUCUGCUGUUCCGAUGUGCCACGGGGGAGGCGUGGCAGGAGAUCAUGCUGGCCAGCAUGUCCGGGAAGCUCUGCGAUCCCAAGUCAGACGUCCUGCCGGGGGAGGAGUACACCUGCGGAGCCAACUUCGCCGUGUUCUACUUCCUGAGCUUCUACAUGCUCUGCGCUUUCCUGAUCAUCAACUUGUUUGUGGCGGUCAUCAUGGACAACUUUGACUACCUCACGCGUGAUUGGUCAAUCCUUGGUCCCCACCACCUGGAUGAGUUUAAGAGGAUCUGGGCGGAGUACGACCCCGAAGCCACGGGGCGGAUCAAGCACUUGGAUGUGGUUACUCUGCUGCGGAGGAUCCAGCCUCCACUGGGAUUUGGAAAGUUCUGCCCUCACCGUUCUGCAUGCAAGCGGUUGAUAUCAAUGAACAUGCCCCUGAACAGCGACGGCACGGUCACCUUCAACGCCACCCUGUUUGCCCUGGUCAGGACCGCGCUCCAUAUCAAGACCGAGGGUAACUUUGAGCAAUCCAAUGAGGAGCUGCGGGCCAUCAUCAAGAAGAUCUGGAAGCGCACGAGCAUGAAGCUGCUGGACCAGGUCAUUCCCCCGAUCGGAGAGGAUGAGGUGACUGUGGGGAAGUUCUACGCCACCUUCCUCAUACAGGACCACUUCCGCAAGUUCAUGAAGCAGCAGGAAGAGUACUACGGCUACCGGCCCACCAAGAAGAACAAGGAUGCCCCCGAGAUACAGGCUGGUCUGCGCAGCAUCGAGGAGGAGGCAGCUCCAGAGCUCCACAGGGCCAUCUCUGGGGACCUGCUGCCAGAGGAGGAGCUGGAACAUGAGGAGGGUGGCGAGGAGGGCAUCUACAGGAGGACCGGGGGCCUGUUUGGGGACCACGUGGACCCCUUCAGUAUCGAGCCCAGUAGCCCCCUGCCCACCCAGGUGACCAGCCAGCGGCCCCUGCAGUUUUCGGACAGCCGUCCCGAGGACAUCGAGUCCCCCCCAGACUCUGUCUUCCUGCCCAACACAGAGUUCUUUCCCAUGGUGCCCCCGAAAAGCAACACCAACAACAACAACUUGAACAACAACGCAAUGCCCGGGUUUACGUAUGAAAGGGAAGGAAGCUCGGAGCUCUUCCCAGCUGACAGCAGCACCUGUUUCAGUGAGGACUUAGAGAGCUGCACAGGCUACCCCCCAUUGGCCCCCCGGCGUGGCUCCGCCCUCACGGACAGCAGCGAUAGGCUCUUCUCAGAGGUGGUGAGGACCAACACCACCCAGUACCCUUAUGUCCCCAGCAGGCGCAGAGCUAGGAAAUCAUGUGACUCCCAGCAGCCAAUGGGACAGGAUCCUGUUCCUGCUACUGACCAGCUGAUACAGGAGAUGUUGGUGGAAGGAGGUCUGGGCAGCCUGGCGCAAAAUCCUAAGUUUGUGUCGGAGACGAAGCAGGAAAUGGCGGAAGCCCUCCUCAUCGACGUGGUUGACAUAGAGUCGGCAGCCAGAGCCCUCCUCAACGGCCGCGCGGGACGCGUGGUCCAGCGGAAGAGGCGCCCCAUCCCGACACCUCCUGGCCCCACCCCGGCCCCUCCGCCCUCACAGCUCCCGGGGGCCAGAGGCAACCCAUAGGCUCCGUUGUCAUGUCGCUGCCUCUGUGACAUCAUAACUGACAAGGCUUUGUAGGUGACAUCACAGGAUAGUAAAGCCUGACUGGUUACCUUGGACAGGAAAUGAGCCCUGAUUGGCUGACUCGACCCUGUUUUAAGAUGUUGACUGCAGUUGUAUUUUAAGCAAACUUGAGACAUAAACUCUUACGACUUCGUACCUCAGAUUACAGAAAAAGACCCCCCUUACACCAGCAAAAACGUGUCUUUCCAUGAUCCCCUGCCCAUAAGGCAUAGAUUUAUUUAACAAAAUAAAAAGGUAAAUUAAGACAAGAAAA